AUGCGACGUGAUGCGCGGGUUUUAGUUGCAGUCGACCAAUCACAGGGCGCCGAGACGGCGUUUCACUUCGCGCUGAGCCUGCUGUCGCGCAACGCCACCAUCUAUGCGUUACAUGUCCGGGACCCCAAUACAGAGGCGGCAUGGAUGUACGAUGCAGAGCAGCGCAACAGCGCAGGGCAGGCGUUGGUGUGGGAAUACGAGGUGGAGGCGCGCGCAGAGGACCUGCUAGCGCGAUUCCGGGGGAUGGCGCAUGCAGCGGGGAUAACAUGCCAUGCAGUGUCGCGCAAGGCCAACGAUGCACGCACGGAGCUGUGUGAGGCGGUGGAGAGGCAGGCCAUAGAGCUGCUUGUAGUGGGCUCUCGAGGGCUCGGCGCCGUGUCCAGAGCCAUGCUUGGGAGUGUGAGCGACUAUUUGAUCCACAACGCGGCUUGCCCAGUCUUGGCACUCACAGCGAGGGUGCAGGCGUUGCACAGCCAGAAGCAGAGCAUGGUGGCCGAGCUGGAAAAGACGCGUAGGGGAGACAAUGGAGCGUCCAAGGAGGGCGAGGAGGCAGGGGAGGAGGAGCAGUCGUUCCGAGUCGUACCUCCGCGCACCAAGACAGGGGCGAACCACUUUGGGGGGCUGGGGUUGACCGUCGUUGACUCGCUUGACUCGCUCUACCUCAUGGGGCUCACCAAGGAGUUCAAUGAGGCCAAGAGCUGGGUGCAAGAGAAGCUGUUCUUUGAGCAUGACUACGAUGCCAACGUCUUCGAAACCACCAUUCGCUUACUGGGCGGGCUACUGAGUGCGUACGACUUGUCAGGCGACCCAUUGCUGCUGGCCAAGGCGAGGGAGUUGGCGGACAAGCUGCUGCCGGCCUUCGCCACCCCCACGGGCAUCCCCCUCGCCUUUGUGAACCUCGCCAGUGGCAUUGCACGCUCCCAUGGGUGGACUGGGCGUUCCGCAAUGCUGGCGGAUCUGGGCUCAACGCAGCUGGAGAUGGUGGCACUCUCCCAGCGCACCGGCGAUCCCAAAUACGCCAAUGCUUCGGAGCACGUCAUCCGUCAGAUCGCCAAGGUCUUUCCAUCCGACGGUCUGCUGCCAGUCCUCGUCAGCACUGUCACCGGCAAGCCCACCUCUCGCCACAUCACGUUUGGGUCCAUGGGGGAUAGCUUCUUCGAGUAUUUACUCAAGGUGUGGGUGCAAGGCGGAGGCACUCCCUAUGUUCAACGGUACAGAGACAUGUGGGAGAAGGCCAUGCAUGGCAUGAUGGCAAAGCUGGUUCAACACGCCCCGGCUCCUAACACCACCACUACCACCACUGCCACCACUGCCACCACUGCCACCAACACCAGUAGCACCAGCAGAACUCACAACACAGCAGGCAACAGUGGUGACGGCAGCAGCAGCACGGGUAGCAUCAGCAGGGACAGCAGCAGCGGCGGUAGCAGCGGCGGCAGCAGCAGCAGCAGAGUGGCGUAUGUGGCGGAGGUGCAUGCGGGGAAGGUGGAGCACGAGAUGGAGCAUGUGACGUGCUUUGUGGCAGGCAUGCUGGUGCUGGGCGCUCAGACCGUGGCGGCCAAUGAACACACAGACGCGUAUAUGAAGCUGGCUAAAGAGUUAGGGAACACGUGUCACCUCUUCUACAGCACGUCACCCACGGGGCUCAGUGGGGAGGACUAUGCGUUCGGAGAGAAGGGCAUGCGCAUGGAGGGGCGCAAGUUCAACACAUUGAGGCCCGAGGCAGUGGAGGCAUGGAUGUACCUGUGGCGGGCCACGCACGACCCCAUGUACAGGCAGUGGGGGUGGGAGGCCUUCCAGGCCAUUCAGAAGCACUGCCGCGUGGAAAACGGAUAUCUGGGGCUACUGGAUGCCUCUCAGAACCCUCCACAGAAGGACGACUUGCAGCAGAGCUUCUUUCUUGCUGAGACGCUCAAGUAUCUUUACCUCUUGUUCUCGUCCGAUGAUGUGCUGCCGCUCAACCAAUGGGUGUUCAAUACCGAGGCACACCCCCUCAAGAUCGUUCCAAGAAACUCGGACUUUCCCCCCCAAGUGGGGAUUGAAUCUGAAAAGAAGCCUGAUGUGCUUCCAGAGGAUGAUUAG